GUAGGCUAUAAAACAUCAGCAACCACACAUAUUUUCAGCUUCAACCAUGUAAGGAAGCAGAAAGACUGAGGUGCAUCAUGUUUUGUCCUGAUUGUGGAAAUCAAGUCCAAAGUUCGUUUAGAUUCUGUCCUGAUUGUGGCUACAAGUUAUUUCUCUUGACUCAAAACAAGGCAGAAGAUGUAGCCACAUCUGCAAAUCAACCCUCAGUCACUGCUGAGGAGAAGAACCAAAAAGAGGAUCAAGACCAGGUUCCAAAAGACGUGAAAGAAGAUCAAGAAAACCGAUUCCAGAAAGAGCCGGCUAGUGAUGACCAAGAGCCUGCCAAAGAUGGCACAACAUCACAAGAUGGAUCAGAUAAAAAUGUCUGCCCAGCCAAACUGGAAAAUGGAGCAAGAUCCUACGCAGCCGAUCUGACAUUCACUUACCAACCAGAUACUGUUACAAAGGACAACCCUGAUGAAGUGAACACUCCUGCCGACAAACCAAGUGACAUUUUUUCUCUGUCUACCUGUGUGUUAUCAACAUCAGCUAAAGAAACCAGCUCAACUUCAUCUGAUUCAUGUGAUCAAACAACUCAAGAAUGUGGUUCAGUGACAAAGCAGUCAGCCUCUGAUGAAGAAAAAAAUGAGACACAAAAUCUCCCUGACAGGCCAGAUGGCAAUGCUAACUGGUUAGAUGAUACUCAGAGGCAGACUGCUAGUGAUGAUCUAGAGUCAGCCAGAGAUGGGGCUACACCACAGGACACAUCAGAUAGCACUGCAAGCCCAGCCACACAGGAAAAAGGAGCCUUGUCCUCAUCAUCCAGUGAGACAGUCAGUGGAUUAAUUACCACCCAGAAGUCAGAAGUCAUAACGACUUGCAAAGAGGCAGAGAGGCUUUCGUCUACAGCUCCUGAUAGUACCCUUCAACCAUACAACGAGCAACACCUGUCUGGUUCUAAGACAUUGUCUGACGCUACACCUGCCAGUUACAAUCUUACAGAGCAACAAGCAGAGGCCCCAGACACAAGUACAAAUGACAAUCCUGAUGAAGUGCAAUUACCUGCUGACAAACCAGGUGACAUUCAUUCUGGGCCGUUGUCCAACCCUGCAUCAGUACCGACAUUAACUAAAGAAACCAGCUCGACUGCUCCCGAACCAACUGAACAAAGGCCUCAGGAAUGUGAUUCUGUAACAACGCAGUCAAAUACUAAACAAGAAAAAGAAAAGAAAACCUUUCAUGAAACACAAAUUGUCUCAAAGAGGCGAGAUGAUAAUGACAAUAAGAUCAACAAAAAACAACGGACACUUGCUAAACAAACUGACAAGAAAAAAGACCAAGCAUCCAGAAAAUCUGCUGCUUCACACUCAGUAUCAAAGAAAGCACCCGAAGGGACUAAGGCUGUUGAAACUAAAUCCAAUAAAAAGAUAAGCACACACCCGGCAGAGAAACAGGAACAGCAGCCAGGUGAUGGAGAUGUGGAUAAAUACACUUCACCAAUGCGCUCCUGUCCACCCAGUCAGGCUGAUGAGAAGCUGGGACCUCAAGGGACAGCACAUACUUCUCAAAUUAAGGCAACACAAAUGUUACCAAAGAGUGAAUCCAUAGAUGUGUACUUCCAUGCUGUCACUUCCAAAGAUUUGGAUCCAGGGGAUGAGAUUUUCUUGAUGUCAAGACAUGUGUCAGGACAGUGGGGAAGAAUCGUGGAAAUGACCCGUACUAGGGAUCUGGGGGGCAACAGAUAUCUUGUUGAAGGACAGACUACGAUCUCUAAAAACAUGAUUAAUAAGAGCAUGCCCUAUAAAUAUGCCAUUUACAAGGCCAAACAUGGCUACAAGGAAAUGUACGAGACAAUCUACCAGAAAGAUGGAAACGAGUAUGUGAACAGGUGUCUUACAGUCAGAGAGGAGUUUCUAACACGUGAAGGGGACUGGCACCAGUAUGACGAUGUGAUCCAUUCUGAGCUGAAGACGAGUCUUUGGUCAUUUGAGUUUUCAACCAAAGACGUGGUAAUGAAAGAGAGAGACCUCGCUGGCAGAGUGAUGCUGAACAUCAUCUUUGAACUUCUAACAACUUGGAAUGAACAGAAUGUGGACAACUUCUUUUUACUGCUCCGACAGUUCUUUGAUACAUACAGUUAUCCUGUACUUCAUGAUGGUAUGGAAAGAUCAUCGGGAUUACCAUACGGUCCUGAACAAGUGAAAAAUCUUCUCAAAUGUGCUCUGGAUGAACACCUUAAUCCAAAACCUGGAAAGAAAAAAGAAUACUCCUUACACCCUCUUUAUGCUGGAGUUGUUAGGUUGCUCAUUUAUGUCAAUUAUCUAAAAGACGACAUGAAAGGUCAAAUGUCCAGUCUCUGCGAUCUUCUGUGCCUGCCAAAGCAUCCUCAACAAAAUUUCAAAGACUUUUGGGAAAAGUUUGCAGGCCCUUUAUCCGAUAAAAACAGGUAAACAAUGAAAAUAACCAAGUACAGACACAUUCUUAAAAGGUUUGAAAAGAGACUAAAGUAAAAACUAGGGAUCUUUUUAGGAAGUUCAUUUUAAAGUUAAGUCAGCUUGAAAUAGUUUUAAGCCAGAGCACCUUGUCAACUGAUUCUAUACUGACUGAAAAUUUACCUUAACCCUAUCUGCUUAACCAUUUCAAUCAAUAUUCUUUCAACUACUAUAAAAAGACCAUUAUGAUCUUCAUUUUGGAUUUAUAUAUCAAUGUGGGUAUUACUGAAGAAAAGGGAACUUUUAACAAAUACUGACUUAUGCCAAUUCAGCCAAUGUACUUCCUUUUGAGAGCAAUAUUAUGAAGCUCUCUUUGGUAAUUCAUGAGGCCAUGCUGGCAAUAAUAAUACUUCUGAUAUGUAUUUUACUGAAGUGCUUUCUCAGUAAUUAUUUACUAUCUCUUAAUACAAAGCUCUCUGUCAAGAAUAAUUUUGCAAAAUUAAUAAUCAUCCUUGUUUAUUAAAGAGUAUAGUGGUGGCGUUGAUGUAUUGUUGAUUACAUUUUUCGUAACAUUGUAAUGAAAUGAAUAUCGAUGAAACCUAAAACAAUUUUAAAACAUUGUAGACAGGUUAUUUUAACAUUGAAUGCUCUAUUCAAGAAAACAUACAACAUAUGUUUUGCUCAAUGUUUGAUUCAAAAGGUCUCGAAAUGCAUAUUUUAUCUGCAAACCAUAUUCCUCAAGAACAUAAAACAGACCAGAAAUGAAGCUUA